UACUUGGAUUUUAAUAUUACUACUGAAAUAAAACUUUAAAGAAGAUAACAUUCCAUGUUUCAUCACUUAAUGUCAUUACAGAUUUGGGAGAGUGAUAAAAGAAGCCUUCCCUGCAGUCAGCUAAUGCUAGAUUACAUAUUGUCCAGUAGAAACACAGACGUCUCAUCAGUCCUAUGUUGAUGGGUGUUUGGGAAACACUGAGACAGAGAAUGACAAUGUAACAUUAUUUCUACUGGGAGGCUCUUCUAGGUUGGAAGUUGCCAUGGAAUCUGGACCCAAAAUGUUGGCCCCCAUUUGCCUGGUGGAAAACAACAAUGACAAGCUGUUGGUGAACCAGCAAGCUAUACAGAUUCUUGAAAAGAUUUCUCAGCCAGUGGUGGUGGUGGCCAUUGUAGGACUGUACCGUACAGGGAAAUCCUAUUUGAUGAACCAUCUGGCAGGACAGAAUCAUGGCUUCCCUCUGGGCUCCACGGUACAGUCUGAAACCAAGGGCAUCUGGAUGUGGUGCGUGCCCCACCCCUCCAAGCCAAACCACACCCUGGUCCUUCUGGACACCGAGGGUCUGGGCGAUGUGGAAAAGGGUAGAAAUAAUUCCUGGACUAUCUAUAAUUUAGACAUGCUCUAA